CGUACACACGCUCUACGACACACACAAACAUGGCGGCCUCUAUUGCACCGCUACGCUCCUCCUUCAGGAUUUGUAGCCCGUUUAGGUUACACCAUCACUGCUGCCGGGCUAAACUGCGGAUGCACAGAAAAUGCGAGAAUCAAAGGAGACAGCUUCACCAGUCGGUGACGAGGCACACCGCUGUGGUGAUUUCGGGAACAGAGUUGGCUCGUCAGCUCCACAGAGAAAUCCAGCGUGAUGUGGAAGAGCUGGUAGCUCAGGGCAACAUGAGACCCCACCUAGGAGUUGUCUUGGUGGGGGACGACCCAGCCAGUCGUACUUAUGUUAGGAACAAGACCCGGGCAGCUAGCAUCCUGGGUAUUUCCAGUGACACAGUGGUGCGGCGUAGCUCGGUCUCCCAGGAGGAGUUGCUGGAGUUGAUUGACAAGAUGAACCGUGACUGGAGGGUCAGCGGAUUGUUGGUGCAGCUGCCACUUCCCGAGCACAUCAAUGAGCGAGCAGUAUGUAAUGCCAUCGCUCCAGAGAAGGAUGUGGACGGCUUCCAUAUUGUGAAUAUCGGUAAGCUGUGUCUAGACCAGAGAUCCAUGGUGCCUGCCACACCUGCAGCUGUCUGGGAGAUCAUCAAAAGAGCAGGUAUUGAGACGGUGGGGAAGAAUGUGCUGGUCGCUGGUCGCUCCAAAAAUGUUGGAAUGCCCAUCGCAAUGUUGCUGCACACUGAUCGCAAGCAUGAACGCCCCGGAGGUGAUGCCACAGUGACCAUUGCCCACAGAUGUACACCCAAAGAACAGCUGAAGGAGCUAACCAGCCUGGCUGACAUAAUCAUUGCAGCUGCAGGUGUUCCUGGGCUGAUCACAGCAGAUAUGGUGAAAGAGGGGGCAGCCGUCAUCGACGUGGGCAUAAACCGCAUCCAGGACCCAAACACAGGGAAACUCCGGCUCAUCGGGGACGUGGACUUUGAGGGAGUGAAGGAGAAGGCAGGUUUCAUCACACCUGUUCCCGGAGGCGUGGGUCCGAUGACCGUUGCAAUGCUGAUGAAGAACACUGUGACCGCUGCCAGAAAUGCACUCAUGCAUUAAACACACUCCUUGAAUGAUAUACAGUACAAACAGUGUAUGCAUACACACAUAUAUACAUCAGUUCAUUUAGGUUUACACACACUUUACCAAACAUCGAAGAUACUUUCAUUUAAAAAUCCAUGAGCUCAAGACUCCAUACCUGCUGGGAAACUUACUUGAUAUGAUACUUUGUCUAUAUUUUUUGAUUUGUUCAUUUAUUUAUUUAAGUUAUUUAUUUCAGAGUUCACUUUUUAAAAAUUUAGAUUAAUAUUUUUUCUACUGAAGUUGUUUUGGUUCUUUUUUUGAACAUUCCAGAUUCACUGGAAAAUGAUGAUUAAAUACAAAUCAAUGCUGUGCCAGUA